AGUAAUGAUGCGGGUGUGCUGGUUGGUGAGACAGGAUAACCGGCACCAGCGAAUCAAACUUCCACAUUUGGAAGCAGUCAUGGUUGGGCGUGGUCCAGAGACCAAGAUCGUUGACAAGAAAUGUUCUCGACAACAAGUACAGUUGAAAGCAGAGUGUAACAAAGGAUACGUCAAGGUAAAGCAGGUAGGGGUCAAUCCCACCAGCAUUGACUCAGUCAUAAUUGGGAAGGACCAAGAGGUGAAGCUGCAGCCUGGCCAGGUUCUCCACAUGGUGAAUGAACUUUAUCCAUAUAUCGUAGAAUUUGAUGAAGAGGCAGAGAACCCUGGCCUGGAAACACCCAGGAAGAGAAAGAGGUCAGGCAGCAGUGAUUCUAUAGAAAGAGAUGCUGCCCAGGAAGCGGAGUCCUGUACAGGACUGGAACCUGGGAGUGAUCCUAGCCAAUCUGCUCUGCCCUCAAAAAAGGGGAAAGAUGUAUCUACCAAAAAGGAAUCAUUGGGCCACUGGAGUCAAGGCUUGAAAAUUUCUAUGCAGGAUCCCAAAAUGCAGGUUUACAAAGAUGAGCAGGUGGUGGUGAUUAAGGAUAAAUAUCCCAAGGCUCGUCACCACUGGCUGGUCUUACCGUGGGCUGCCAUUUCCAGUCUGAAGGUUGUGACCAGAGAACACCUUGAGCUUCUCAAACACAUGCACACUGUGGGGGAAAAGAUGAUCACAGAUUUUGCUGGGUCCAGCAAACUCCGCUUCCGAUUGGGUUACCAUGCCAUUCCCAGCAUGAGCCAUGUACACCUUCAUGUGAUCAGCCAGGAUUUUGAUUCUCCUUACCUUAAAAACAAAAAACAUUGGAAUUCUUUCAAUACAGAAUACUUCCUAGAAUCACAAGCUGUGAUAGAGAUGGUACAGGACACUGGCAGAGUGAGUGUCCAAGAUGGGAUGCCUGAGCUCUUGAAGCUGCCUCUCCGUUGUCACGAGUGUCAGCAGCUGCUGCCUUCCAUUCCUCAGCUGAAAGAGCAUCUCAGGAGGCAUUGGCCAAAGUGAUUCCAUGGAGCCUGGACUUUUGCAGCAGACCAUGAAGUUCUCUAGAACAGACGCUGUUUUUUUGGUUCUCCAUCAAGUACUCAAUGAAAUUCAUUGUACCUGGAUCAUAAUAGGAUCCCAAUAAAAUUUUGAGUGGAUGAGACCUCAUGUUUCAUUGAAAACAUGAAGAAAACAACCCUCUCUGUUGCAGCUGAAUUUAAUUGUCAAGUGUGUCUGGUGAGACUGCAUCUUUGGCUUUUAGAAACAUUUAAUAAACCUUGUUGCCAUUGUUUAUGGACACAGUAUCUCAUAUGGAUCAGAAUUAGGGGAACAUAAACAUGUUAAUAUUUUCUCAUAUAACGUUCUAGAUAAUAUUUUCCUACAUAACAUUCCAGAUUUUAAUCUUUGCUAGCAAACUAGGUAAUUAGGACUAUUGGGGUAAUUCCAUAUAUUUUCAAGGAGAGGCUUAUUUUUUUGGUUACUAUCUUUGGCCACCAGAUGGCAGCAUUUGAACACUAAAUUCUUAAUCUGUUUUCUAAUCCAAAAUUUAGUUUCACCUAAUUUUUUUAUGUUUCAGAAUCAGUGCUUCAAAAUAAAAUAUGUAAGUUUUUUUUUUUUAAUAAGGCUGAUGUGUGUUUAACUGAUGUCCUAAUCAAAAGAGAUGUUUGAGAGAAAACCAGGGUAUAGGUAAGAAUACAAAACAUACAUGAUUAUUAAGGGGAGGCUGUUUGGCCCCAAAGUUAGACUCUAAAAGUAGCUAGAGCCAGGGUUCAAAGCUGAGUCUGAAAUUUAUCAAAUGAGGGUCUUGAGGAAUUUCAAAUGCAUGGUAGGCCUUGAAAAUACGAUAGCUCAUUUCCUCCCAUUUCUUAAUUUGACCCCAAGAUUAGUAACUCUUGUUCACAUCACAAGUAUAACUGGGAGCAGCACUGGGAGCAGACACUUCUGGACAUAUCCUUGAA